AUGGAACAGCUGAAGACUAAGGUGGAAGACAUCAUGUUGGUUGAUAUUGUUUUCUUUUGCGCCUAUAUCCAAGCCUCCGAUUACGCGUCACUGCGAAAGAUCAACACGGACCUGCUCCGUACAGCAAUCAAGGCCACCAGCGCCGUGGCGCCGAACCUUGAAGUAGUUAUUCUUCAAACUGGUGGCAAAGGUUAUGGAUUAGAAUUCCAAGACAAGGUUCGGGUCCAGCCUCCGCUACACGAAGAUCUACCCAGGAUCCCAGAGCCAUGGAGAAGCAAAAUCUUCUACUACGAUCAAUAUGACCUCUUAAUGGAGCUAUCCAAGGGUUCAAAGUGGACAUUCUCCGAAAUUCGGCCUGACGGAAUCGUCGGAUUUGCCCCUAGCUCCAAUGCCAUGAAUAUGGCGCACGGCAUAGCAUUCUAUCUGACCCUUUAUCGAGAGGCCCAUGGCGUCGGGGCUUCUGUUCCAUUCCCGGGGACGCGGCAAGGAUAUUACUCGACGCACUCCGACACAUUCCAGGAUAUUCUGUCGCAGCUGGAGAUCUACGUUGCCCUGCAUCGGGAGAAGUGCGUUAAUGGGUCAUCUUUCAAUGCUGCGGAUGGGCAGACUGUGAGCUGGGCUCAGGUUUGGCCGGGUCUCUGUGCGUAUUUCGGCCUUGUUGGCUGUGAGCCGCAGAACGGCUCUCAGACAAGUAUGGAGGACUUUGUCAAUGGGCACAUGGAUCAGUGGAAGCGUCUUGUUGAGGUCCAUGGGUUGAAGAGCGACACUGUGGAGAACCAGAACUGGGGCCAUACGCACUUUAUGCUCGUCGAUUUUGACUUCAACAGGGACUAUUCGUUGGAGAAAGCUAGGUCUAUCGGGUUCACGGAACGUAUUGACACUGUAGAGGGCUAUAAGAUCGUUUUUGAUCGGAUGGUUACUGCCAAACUGAUCCCAUCGUUUCGCUGA